AUGCUAAACAAAACAUCAUGCAUCCAUCUCAUUCAGAGCUGCAAAUCCAUGAAGCAGCUCAAACAGAUCCAAACCCAGAUGUUCAUCCUUGGACUACACCAAUGCAAAGCCACCCUGAACAAGCUCAUGGUCUUCUGCACAGACCCUUCUCUCCGAGACAUACAUUACGCCGAGAAAGUCUUCACUCACAUCCAAUCUCCGGGUUUGUUCAUCUACAAUGUAAUGAUCAAGGCCUUAGCGAAAAGAAAAAGAUUCAAAAGUGUCAUUGAGCUCUUUCGGAAGUUGAGGGAAGAUGGCUUGUGGCCCGAUAGUUUCACGUACCCAUUUGCUUGUAAAGCCAUUGGAGGCUUGGGAGACGCUCGAGAAGGUGAGAAGAUUCAUGGGUUUGCGGUAAAGAAUGGGUUUCGGUUCGAUACAUAUGUGUGUAACUCACUGAUUUACAUGUAUGCGGAAUUGGGUCAAGUUCAUAAUGCGAUGAACUUGUUUGAUGGAAUCCCUGAGAGAGAUGUGGUUUCUUGGAAUGUUAUGAUCUCAGGGUGUGUUGGGUGUAUGAGGUUUAGGGAGGCGGUGAGUGUGUUUAGGAGGAUGAGAAAAGAGAGCAAUGUGAAGCCGGAUGAGGCUACGGUUGUAAGCACGCUUUCGGCUUGCGCUGCGCUGAAAGAUUUGGAGCUUGGUAAGGAAGUUCAUGACUAUGUUAGAGCUGAGCUUGAGUUUAGUGCUAUAAUCGGAAAUGCGGCGUUGGAUAUGUAUGCUAAGUGUGGCUGUUUGAGUGAAGCAAGGAAAGUUUUCGAUGAAAUUAGGGUGAGAAAUGUCAUGUGUUGGACUAGUAUGGUGUGUGGGUAUGUGAAUUGUGGUAUGCUGGAUGAGGCUAGAGAGUUGUUUGAUAGGAGUCCUGCUAAGGAUGUUGUUCUAUGGACAGCUAUGAUGAAUGGGUAUGUACAAUAUAACCAAUUCGAUGAGGCAGUUGCUCUAUUCCAAGAAAUGCAAUUUAGAGGAGUUCGAGUGGAUAAAUUCACAAUUGUUGCCCUCCUCACAGGUUGUGCUCAGUUGGGAGCAUUAGAGCAAGGCAAAUGGAUUCACAAAUACAUAGACGAAAUUGGAAUCAAGAUUGAUGCAAUUGUUGGUACUGCUCUUAUAGAAAUGUUUGCAAAAUGUGGGUGCAUAGGCAAGUCUCUGGAGAUUUUCAAUGCAUUGAAUGAAAAAGAUGCAGCCACUUGGACUUCAAUGAUCUGCGCGCUUGCAAUGAAUGGAAUGACAAGCAAAGCGCUCGAGCUGUUCUCCAAAAUGAAGCAAGUCAGGAUCAACCCUGAUGAUAUCACCUUCAUUGGUGUCUUGAGUGCUUGUAGUCAUGGAGGAUUGGUUGACGAAGGACAAAAUUUGUUCGACUCCAUGAGAAAGGACUAUGGGAUGGAGCCAAAGCUAGAACAUUACGGAUGUCUGAUUGACCUUCUUGGUCGUGCUGGACUCCUACGCGAGGCAGAGGAGUUGAUAGAUAGUAUUCCAAGUGAAAACAAUAAGAUUAUAGUUCCACUUUACAGUGCUUUACUCGGUGCUUGCAGAAUCCAUGGCAAUGUUGACAUGAGUGAAAGGGUGGCCAAAAGACUUUCGGAUAUUGAGUCCAGCGGCUCGAGUUCUCACACGCUUCUGGCCAACAUCUACGCAGAUGCUGAGAGAUGGGAAGAUGUAACAAAGGUGAGGAGGAGAAUGAGAGAUCUCGGAGUUAAGAAGAUGCCUGGGUGCAGUUCUGUUGAGAUUAAUGGCGUUAUCCAUGAGUUCCUUGUUAGUGAUUCAUCUCACUCACAAAUGGAACAGAUAGACUCUAUGUUGCAUAGAUUGAAAAACCCAGUUUUGCUUUUAGAUGAGAAUUAUAGACUAGAAACAGAAAUCUCAAUAAAUUUAUGA